AUGCCUUCUAAAUUUCCAGAGAUCCAGGGCGGAGGCUCCCUGAUUCUCGCAUGGCAGAUCAAAGGCAAGGAAGUGCUCGUGAUCGGUGGUGGUGAGGUCGCGGCCGGCCGAAUCGUCAAUCUGCUCAAUGCUGACGCCAAAGUGACGGUCGUUUGUCCGCGUGCGGGCCUAAAUGAAGAGGUGGCGUAUCGCGUAGACCAAGGGCAGGUCAAACAUGUCGACCGAGUAUUCCUCCCUCUCGAUCUCGAGCCGGAAAAGAAUGUCGCCAUGGUCCUCAGUGCCAUCGAUGAUCCGGAGGCAUCCACGCGCAUAUGGAAGUACUGCAAGAAAUUGAAAGUGCCCGCCAACAUUGCCGACGUGCCGCCCGAAUGCGACUUCUACUUUGGCAGCGUCCACCGGGAUGGUCCCCUCCAGAUCAUGGUCUCUACCAACGGAAAUGGACCCAGGAUGGCAGCGGCUAUCCGGCGACAGAUUGGCGAGAUGCUGCCCACCGGCACAGGAGACAGUAUCAAGAAGGUUGGGCAACUGAGGAGAAUGCUCCGAAAAAUUGCCCCUGGCAAAACUACGCGUGACAUCAGCAAGAGAAUGGGGUGGAUGAGCGAGGUCUGUGACAAAUGGACUACCGAAGAAUUCAAUGCGAUGGACGAAGAAGAUAUGGACACACUGGUGCAAUACUACGACAGAGGCAUUGUGCCGAGUUUCGAGGAGAUUCGGCUUGGAUAUCAGGAAGACGUGGUCUGGGAAUUUGACGGGUCAUUUGGGUGGAUGUAG